CCCGUGUUCUGGGAGGCCAUGUAAGAAUGAAGGGACCUGUUCAGAGAUAGGACCUGGGAUGAUACCGAACUUUUCAUGUAUAUGUAAACCAGGUUAUGUUGGCGAUUAUUGUGAAACCUUUGACCCUUGUGGUAGCGAGCCGUGCCAGAAUCAAGGUGUUUGCAAGGAGAACCGUACUGCUGAUGGAUACACUUGUGAUUGCAAAGGGUUUUACGUUGGAUUGCAAUGCGAAGAGUUUCGUCCCUGUGCAGAAGAUUUGUGUGGUGAUAAUGGUAUCUGCGAAACAACAGAUACUGGUUACAAGUGUAAAUGUAGUGAUGGAUACUAUGGAAAACAUUGCGAUUUCUUUAUUCCAUGCAAAUCAAAUCCUUGCUUUGCUGGAACCUGCGUAUCUAAAAACUAUGGUUACCUAUGCAGCUGCCCUCCAGAACGUACAGGCAAACAGUGUGAAACAG